CUCAAUACCAAAACAACCGGCAGAGCUGUUUUCCUAUAUAUGAUCUACAUUGGAGCGUCUGGGCUUCGCCUGGGCAUCAGGCCAUACUGACACCCAGCGAAAUGAUAUAUGUUAUAAUGGGAGUGUCUGGUUGCGGAAAGACGACACUAGGGGCCUUCCUGUCACACAGGCUCGGGUGGCCUCUUCACGAGGGAGAUGACUUUCACCCGCAGGAAAACGUUGACAAAAUGGCUCGCGGGGAGCCUCUGACUGACCAGGACAGACUGCCUUGGCUGCUGAAACUGCAUGAUGUCAUUCAAAGUGGGUCUGUCUUCAAUAGGGAGAGGUCUUCAGGGGGCGAUGCCAUCAUGGUGUGUUCAGCUCUGAGGCGACUUUACAGGCAGGUUCUGCUGUUUGGCUCCGAGGCCCUGACCUACAGCUCGGACACAGCAGGCCUGCACAUGUGCAGCCUGCCCGGCGUCUGGUUCCUCUUCCUGUAUGGGACAUAUGAUCUGAUCCAUGCAAGGAUGGUGGCCCGGAGGGGACAUUUCAUGCAGCCUGGUCUCCUGCGCUCUCAGUUUGAUGUUCUGGAGCCACCGGCGGAAGAGGAGAAGGCGUUGCUGCUUGAUAUCCGGAGGAGCACUGAUGACAUCUGCAGGGAGAUACAGGAGCAUCUCCGCCAACUUUCAUAACCACAGAUCAUAAUGUCAUGGACUCUCAAAUCAAAGAUAACAUACUGGACUGCACUGUGUGCUAGAAAACACUUACAUAUCAUGUCAGACUUUUAUAUUAUUUCAUUUUACAAAGCACAAUAAAUCUGUUUCUGAUUAUAUGA